AUGCACCUCUGCGGGGGCGGCGGGCCUCUGACCGGGACGGACGCUGAGGAGCAUCAGAGGCAGCUGAGGAAGAAACAGAAGAACCGGGCGGCCGCCCAGAGAAGCCGGCAGAAGCACACGAACAAGGCGGAUGCCCUGCACCAGCAGCAUGAGUCACUGGAGAAGCAGAACCACGCCCUGCGGAAGGAGAUCCAGGCCCUUGAGGCCGAGCUGGCCUGGUGGAGUCAGACCCUGCACGUGCACGAGCGCUUGUGCCCGCUGGACUGUGCCUCCUGCUUGGCUCCGGGGGCCGCUGGCUGCUGGGGCCAGGCCGAGCGGCCCCCAGGCCCCAGGCCCCACGGACAGCAUGGCUGCCAGGAGCAGCUGGGUCUGUUCCGGACCCCGCUCUCUUCUUCCUCGGCUCCGCAACCCUCUCCAGACCCGCAGCCUCCUGGCUCCCUUGGCCUCCUCCUGUCCCCUCUGCCCUCACUGUCCCUUGGUCCUGCUGUGGUCACUGCAACUCCUGCCCAGUCCACCUCACCCGCUGGCUCUGGCCUACUGAGACCUUCCUCUAAGCUCAACACCCUCCUGCCCAGCCCCCCAGCCCAAGCCGCCCCUCUAGAGUCCCUCAGGCUGGAGCACCCUACCAGGGGGAAGCCGGGGUCCUCACCCCACAGCCCCUCGGCUGCUCCGGGGCUGGGGUCUCUGCAGGACAGGGAGCGUAAGCCGGCUUCCUCAGCAGCAGAUUGGCAAGGGCCCAGCCCCCACCCCCUCCUGGACUUCCCUCUGCUCGCUUCUGCUCAAGUUCACUUCUAA